CGCAGGCCAGCCAGAGCCGCGCCAUGUCCAAGAUCGUCACCCUCCCUCCCCCGCCCCCCAAACGCAGACGGCUUGCCCCACCGAUCGCAACCAAUCAGCAGGAGCCUGCUGAGACCCCCGCCGGCCACGCCGACACCGCCAGUUUUGAGCACGACUUUGCAGCCGAGCCAGCGGCGCCCGAGGCGCUGCCAAACGACGCCCUGGUGGCCCUGCAGCUGCUCAACUCCCGGUUCCCCGCAGUGGCCGGUGUGGCGCCCUUUGCCACCUGCGCGCAGCUGUACAGCGUACUGGCGGACCGCACAGCGGCAGACCGGCAGCUGGAGGAGCUGCGCCGCAGCAACACCGUGCGCCUGCUGCAGCUGCCCGCCAGCCGCGAUGAGUGUGUGGUGAUGCUGACAGCAGACUAUGUGGCAGCGGUGCAGCGGUGCAAGGAGGAGCUGGCGGCACGCAGCCAGCAGCAGCAGCAGCAGCAGCAGCAGCCACAUGGCGGCGGCGGCGGCGGCGACCGGAACGCAGCGGGGCAUGCCGCGGGCGCGCUGGAAGCGUUUGCCUGGUUUGCGGAGCGGGUGCUGCCGGCCUGUACCGAGGUCAUGGUCACACAUGGAGAGCUGCUGCAGCUGCUGUCGGGGGCGCCACCCGCCAGGCCCGGCCAGCCGCGGCGGCAGGCGGACGCGGCAGGUGCGGCAGCGGGCGAGCCGCAUGUGUCGCUGCUGCUCAGCCAAGGCCUGCUCACACGGCACACAGGAGGGCCCGAUGGAUACCUCUUCAGCAUGCCCAAUGCGGGAGCCGCCGUGCGCAGCGUGGCAGCCGGCCGCCAGGAGAUUCUGUCCCUGCUGCAGCGCCGCCGCCAGCCUGAGCUUCUGGAGGCGGAGCUGCUUAAGCGCAAGCUGCAGCGCUCGGUGCUGGGCGUGCGCUGGCACGUGACCGACAUGGUGGGCGGCGGCGCCCUGCUGCGCAUCCCCACUGCCGUCGGCCCGCUGCUGCGCGCCGCCAAGCGCGGCGGAUAGCCUGCUGCGGCUGCGGCUGCGGCGCUGGGCGGCAACCUCACCUCAAUGCAUGCCCUGUUACUCGCCGGAUUGUCUCUCGGCCGCGCCCAGCGCCCAGCCCAGCUGAAACGACCGCGUCCUGCGAGGAAUCCUCUCACUCUGUACUGCCCCGUGUAUCCUUCCUGUUUGUAUUCUUCCUGCUUUUCUGCCUCCCAAUUGCUUCCCCAAUUCGUGUACAAAUUCAUGCUGUGUGUGAACAAUGACG